CACGAAAUAAACAUCCACAAACCACAACAAAAACAAAAUUUCAGUUCUACUAAAAAUGGUCGAUCGCUUUCUAAUUUCCGUUCUUAUUAUCUCAUUGGUUUCGUUUACAUAUGCUUCUGAUCCCUCCCUCCUACAGGAUUUUUGUGUUGCUGUUAAAGAUGCUGAUGCAAAAGUUUUUGUGAAUGGAAAGAUUUGCAAGGAUCCGAAAAUGGUUAGUGCGAAUGAUUUCUUCUUUCCUGGACUGAACGUGCCCAGAAAUACGGCAAAUCCCGUUGGAUCAAACGUCACACUUGUGAAUGUUGACCUAUUUCCAGGACUCAACACGCUUGGCAUCUCUUUAGUCCGUAUCGACUAUGCACCCUACGGCCUCAAUCCACCCCACUCACACCCCCGGGCUAGUGAGGUUCUUGUUGUUGCGGAGGGUACUCUGUAUGUUGGAUUCGUUACUUCGAACCCUGCAGAUCCAAAUGUAAAGAACAAACUCUUUGCCAAGAUUUUGCAUCCAGGAGACGUCUUUGUGUUUCCACAAGGUCUCAUUCAUUUCCAGCUUAAUAUAGGGAAGAAGAAUGCACUUGCAUUCGCUGGUUUAAGUAGCCAAAACCCAGGAGUCAUCACAAUUGCAAAUGCAGUUUUUGGAUCCAACCCGCCUAUUAAUAUUAAUGUUCUCACCAAGGCUUUCCAAGUUGACGCGAGUGCUAUUAAAUAUCUUCAAGGAAAAUUCUGGGUGAACAACAGCUAGAAAAUAAAUAUUAUGAUGAGUUUGCCCUCUAAAAUAUAUCUCAUGAGUUGAAGAAUAAAAAUUGAUCACUGAAUUAAGUGUUGGGAGAUGUUUCUCUUAUGUAGUUUCUUGAUCAAAUGCUUUUCUAAAGAAUAUAGUAUUUUCCAUGUAACGUAGCCUAUGUCCUCUUGAAGCAUAUUCUAUAUAAAUUUGCAUGGAAUCAAUUUAUAACUAUGAA